CGGGCCCCCGCCACCUGCGCCCCGCCCCCACGGCCGCGCCCGAGCCGGGAAGCGCGGAGCACGCCUGUGCCUCGGGAAGGGCGAGCCCCGCGCGGACGCGCGUUUGUGUCCGUGGACGUGAACCCGCCGCGCUCGGGAUGCGGCCGCGCUGAGAGCCCGCUCGCCCGCGGACGCGAGAGCCCGGCGGUCACGGAGGAUCCCUCCGGGCGCUGUGGGAAAGCGGACUUGUAACCGGGCACGAUGACCAACCCGGCGGCCACGCAGAGCAAGGAAAUCGACUGUCUGAGUCCAGAAGCUCAGAAGCUGGCGGAGGCCAGGCUCGCGGCGAAGCGUGCAGCCCGCGCCGAGGCCCGCGAGAUCAGGAUGAAGGAGCUGGAACGGCAGCAAAAGGAGAUCUAUCAGGUUCAAAAGAAAUAUUAUGGGCUGGAUACAAAAUGGGGUGACAUCGAGCAGUGGAUGGAAGACAGUGAGCGCUAUUCACGUAGACCCAGGAGAAACACGUCGGCUUCUGAUGAAGAUGAACGCAUGUCAGUGGGUAGUCGCGGAAGCCUGAGGUUGCAGCCCGACUUGGAGUCUGGGGGUCCCUACACCUGGACAAAUGGUUAUGAUGCAGAGUUUUAUGGACCACAGUCCCUGAAUAGAAGAUCGGGCAGGAAUUCCAGCUACAGCGGUGACAGCAGAUCCUGUACUUUGUCUUCAUCCAGAGAGGAGAAGUUGGGGCUCUCCUGCUUGGACCUCGGCCUUCCCAGCGGCGGUCUUGCUCACACAGUCCUGUCUGCCCAGAGUGGAAACCGGCCCUACCUGUGCAGCUCUGCCAGGCCAGCGGGGAGUUACUGGGCAUCUGGGUUCGAUGACAGCAGUCUCGGUGGGGCCCGGCGGGGCAGCGCCUGCGGUUCCCAGGUUCCCUCCGAGCACAGCGGCCACCUCAACUCCAGCUCCCGUGCCUCUUCCAGAGCCAGCUCGGCGCGGGCCAGCCCCGUGGUUGAAGAGAGGCCAGAGAAAGAUUUCACAGAGAAGGGGUCUCGCAGCCUGCCCGGCCUAUCCGCAGCCACACUGGCCUCCCUGGGAGGCACUUCCUCUCGGAGGGGAAGUGGGGACACCUCCAUCUCCAUCGACACUGAGGCGUCCAUCAGGGAAAUCAAGGAACUUAAUGAGAUAAAGGACCAGAUUCAGGAUGUAGAAGGCAGAUACAUGCAGGGUCUGAAAGAGAUGAAGGACUCGCUCGCAGAGGUUGAGGAGAAGUACAAGAAGGCCAUGGUCUCCAACGCUCAGCUGGACAAUGAAAAGACAAACUUCAUGUACCAGGUCGACACCCUGAAGGACACGCUGCUGGAGCUUGAAGAACAGCUGGCUGAGUCCAGGAGACAGUACGAGGAGAAAACCAAAGAGUUUGAAAGGGAAAAGCAUGCCCACAGCCUCCUGCAGUUCCAGUUUGCUGAAGUGAAAGCGGCCCUGAGGCAGAGAGAGGAAAUGCUCGAGGAAAUCCGACAGCUACAGCAGAAACAGGCGAGUUAUAUCAGGGAGAUUUCUGAUCUUCAGGAAACAAUAGAGUGGAAAGAGAAAAAGAUAGGGGCAUUAGAGAGGCAGAAAGAGUUCUUUGAUUCCAUCAGGAGUGAACGAGAUGAUCUUAGAGAAGAAGUAGUCAUGCUGAAAGAGGAGAUAAAGAAACAUGGAAUAAUUCUAAAUUCAGAAAUAGCUACCAAUGGAGAGACUCCAGACACUCUAAAUAAUGUUGGAUACCAAGGUCCCACCAAGAUGACGAAAGAAGAGCUGAAUGCCCUCAAGGCGACCGGGGAUGGGACCCUAGGAAGAGCCAAGGAAGUGGAGGUGAAAAAUGAAAUUGUGGAGAAUGUGGGGAAAAGAGAAAUCUUACAGAAUACUGAGCAAGAACAGCACAAAGCGGACCCAGUAAAGGAUUGUGUGGACACAGAGGUGUUCCAUCCUGGUGACAAUGGUGAGGACCAGAAAACCUCUGAAGACAGUGCCCCGUCUCUAGGAACUUUAGCAAAUGCUACCAAUGGGGAGCAGAUUCAAAGCCACAUUCUAGCCAGCACGUCCUUCAUUGAAUAUACAGAGCAGGUUGGGUCAAAUGAGGUCAUAAGCACCCCAGGUGGGGCUUCGCUUGAGCAACCCAAACCUUUGGGUGAAUCAGGUAGUGAGAUCCCUGGUCCUGGGAUUGGGCAGGGCACUUGUAAUGCCUUGGAGUUCAAAAACCAAGAUGGAAAAUCUGCAAAAGAACCAGAACAAGAAAAACAAGAUUUUAAAACCAAUUUGGGAGAGGUUAGCACACAACCAGAUGAGAAAUCUGCUCCUUUGCUAUUAUCUGAAGUCGAGAGGGUGGGUAGCACAGACGCUGGGGAGCCAAGUGGGAACCCCUCACAGGGCAUGGUGGAGGCAGAGCUAACUGGAUUGGGGGAGCAAGUGGGCACAGAGGCCCCAAGUCCUCCAAGGCAUAACAGGGACACAGAGAGUCGUGAUGAAAGAUGUACGGCAGGUGUUGCCAGAGAGUUGGACCCAAGCCCAGGGCGUGGUUCAGAGAAGGAGUUCGCCAACCAGGAAGCGGCUGAGCCUGGGGAAGCCCCAGUUCAGAGCACAGGAGUCGGUGGGGAGAACACCAAAGACGAGGGUGCAGGAAGAGGAUUAAGGGGUGACAAACCAAUCCGGACAGAAGUCCAAACCACUCCCUCUUGCCCAGCAGCCAAGAGCAGCGCUCAGGAGGCAAAAGGUCCAAGUGGAGUAGAUGCCCAGGCUGAACCCCUAGGUAGGAAAGAACACAGUGAAGAAAAGAAAAACCGACAGGGAGAAGCACCGGAUUCUCCACACAAGAAGACAAAAAGCAAGAAAAAGAAAAACAAGAAGAAGAAGUCAGCGGCACCUGUGGAGACCCCUACGGAUGUUGAAAAAGAGUUAACAUUUCAGAACCAAGGCGAGGAGGAGCAGGUAAAAUCGACGGACAGCAAGUCAGGUGCAGAAACCCAGCACACGGCACCUAAAGCUCCAAAGCAGAACGUUGUAGCAGGAAGCAGUGAAAACAUCAAUUGUCCAGGGAGUCCUAAAAUUGAGUUAGAUGGCAGACUUGACCGAGAAGACAACCACGUCACCACUGAGGCAGGGACAGUCCUAGCCGAGGGAGAACCGUUGCCUUUGGAAGGCACUGCGGUUCAAGCAGCAGGCACCGGUGCCGGUGGUGACAGAGUAGACGAGGGUGUUAGAAAAGGGGGUGCUGCAGAAGAGGGUGCCACUCCAGGCAGCCCCCCAGAGCCAGGGGCUGAGGAGGUGUCUCACGGGGCCCUGCUAGGAAACGGAAGGCCCUCAAUGGACGUCGAUAGUAUUAGUCUAGACAGUGAUGACUUGGCACCAGCAGGUGAGUUGGGAGACUUCAAUUCCUAGAGCAGAGAAGAGACAAGAGGCAGAGAUGGGAAGGGUAAGAGCAAAGAAGACUGCUCCUUGUCGUGAGCUGAGGCUCGUCAGGCAGAGUUAGAGGGGCUGGGCCUGCACAGUGAAUCCCGCAGUGAGACUCGGCUAUCUGGGCUGCUGAGAUGUCUGAAACACCCUGGAUCGAUCGAUACAGCCGCACCGUAGGACAAUCACUCACCACAUCACCUCCUGCUUUUAAGUUACAGACUGCUACUUGUAGCUUUAUAUUAAGGUUAUCACCCAACUUAGAAAGACACAUUUGUUAUCAGUGUAAAUUCUAACUGAGAGCAUCCCAGCCGUAUCAAAGAGUAAUGGACACUGUUUCUAUUCCUGCUUCAAAUCAAACAUAUUUAAUAUUUUUCUUAGGCUGAUACGAAUAUGGAUAUUCUUGACCAAGUAUAUCAGUGUCUCACUGAAAUGACCAAAUAGCAUUCUGAGAUUUCCACAUUAUAGGUAUCAUUGAUAUUUAAAAUAAUGUCUCAUUCAAAUAGCUGUACUUUUUUAAAAAAUUGAUUUUGAUAUGGACAUUAUAACCUGCAUGGUAUCUUGUUUGAAAAGGAGACCAACAGCCAAACUGAGUGAUGAGAUUUGCACCUUAGGACCAUAUAAUUCAUCCUGUCUGGGACACCACACCUCUUAAAGCACCAGGAGAGCUCACACCCUUUAUCUCAUACAAGCUUUUAUCUCAGCCAACACUUUGAUUCCUGCAUUUAUUUUGUAGGAGAUUUGACUUCAUGCUGAUGAGGUACCAAAGUGAUUUUAUACAAAGAUUUUUUUUUUUUUCUGGAAGAGACGUAUGUUGAAAUUGCGUUUCCUGGGCAGUAUUUGGGUGGGGAGGAUCAUUUCUAACAUUUAACUUUUAACCUUAAAAUUACUUCUCUUUGUCUAAUCAUGAGUCAAAAGAACAACACAAAAGGAUACUGUUUAGCCUCUCACAGGAUAUCUUAAAUAGUUGAAUCGCUUUUGGUAUUUUGGCGUAAACAUUUUCAUCUGUUGUUUCUCAGUAUAUUCCUAUUGGAAAAUUCCCGUUCUGAUCUUCCUGACCAAUAUAUGUAUUUUCUAUAUAAAGAGGCAUUUGAGAAAAACAAUUGUAAAGUUAAAUGAAAAGAGAAUUGUAAAAUAUGAAAGUCACAAGGGGCGUGCCUUCUGAAUGCUGUCAACACUUCCUGAGAUUACAUGAAUUCAAUUUACUGUUACAAGACGUAACUGAGUGCAAACGAGACCAAAACCUCAAUGAAAUGUGGGGCAAACGUGUUACCAUGCAGUUGAAAUAAACACAUUUUCUAAUUUUA